AUGACCAAUAACGAUUCUUCUCAUUCACGAUCUAAUUCACAAUCCCAAUCUCAGUUACAUCUUAAUGACUCCCCAAGUUCUGACCCCAGUCCUCACUUGUUAGUUUCACCCAUUUCACCACCCCUAAUUGCUUUGGCAGCUUCUCCCGUUGUCCACCCACAAUUAAGAAUACAACCCCAUGGCCAACCGCAAACCCCACCUUCGGAAAGUCGAACAACUUCCACUUCCAAUUCACAUGCCACCCCCAAGAAAGCGAAAAAGCCCAAAACCAAGAAGACUUCUAUCGUCAAUCAAGGAAGUAGAUUCCCAGCAUAUACUCCCAACGGUGAAAGACAAUGUACAAAUUGCUCCGAGAUUGAUACACCUCAAUGGAGAGGUACUCUAUGUAAUGCAUGUGCAUUGUGGAAAAGGUCAAGAGGUACAGAUAGACCUCUACCCCUUUUAUUCCCUGUAAGGAGGAAAAGCCCAUCACCUGAGCCAGAGGAUGAGAAGAAUGAGGAGCUGGACGGGGAUGAAGGUGCAGAUGAAAUUAAGGAAGAAGAUGGAGAGAGGGUCCAAGAAGCAGGAAGAGGAGAAAAAAUCGGUGAAAAAGAUCUGAGAAAUAAUAGUUCUCUGAUCAUUGGAAAAAGAAAAUUCUGGAUCGAUAGACCAUCUUCCACCGCUCCAGAAACCGAAUCACACGGGUUUCUAGACCGUGGUAGGCUCGGCCUUCAAUUGGAAACACUAGAAGGACUUGCGAGAAGGCCAGGAAUAGGGAUAGGAACCAGAGGUAGUCACAUGAGAACUGUAUCUCAUCAAUCUCAUAUACGACCUAAUUCAAUAUCCAUUCCAUCACUUUCAAUUCCAGCAAAUGCGCCACCCACAGGUCGAAUAAAUGGAAUUCAUUCGACUCCUGUAUCUCCAACGAAUCCUAUAAUUCCCACAGGUGGUCCUGACACAUCUCAACUCGAUGUCGAUGUUGAUGCUCGAAAUGACAUUAUCAACGGCAAUGCGCAGGGGAGUGAUCAUCACGCUACAGCAUUACAAAACAGGAUAGCAGCUCUGAUGUCACAAGUCCAUGAUCACGAUAAACGAAAAAGGAGGAAUUCAAUGCCCAAUACCGGUACCUAUCAUUACUGUGAAGGAUCAAGUGAAGACGGACAUGUAGAUCCAGCAUCAGGAUCGGGAUCAGAGGCGAAAGGAAGAGGAAAAGGUAAAGGCAAAUCACCUUAUUUACCUUAUUCCUUAGAUAAACGAAAAUCACGAUCAAAGCCAAAAUCGAAAUCAAACCUGGGCAAAUCGGCUUAUCAAGUGUCUCCUAUUUCACCUCAAGUUCCCAAUCAGAGUCAAAACGCAAACCGAAAUCAGAUCCCAUUCCAGUCAGCCUCACUUUCCAGGUCAAUGCCGUAUGACAACGACGUCGAAGAAGAGAUAAGACCUGAUGAUGACGCCAAUCAUGUCGGUGAAAUGGAUAUGAAAUUGGACAAAGGCGAAUUUAUGAAGGGCGCGGAAUGGUUGUUCGAUAUUCUCCAAUCAACUUCAAAACUCUUACGACAUUCUCAUUUUGAAGGAGAGGGUACCACUCAAAAAGAUGAUGCCCAUGACCCUCAAAGGACGUUGGAUCAAGGUGGUCUGGAUAUACUUGGCAAAGUAGCUGAAGAAGCCAGGAGGGAGAUUCUGGAUGGAGCAAGUCAAAAGGUCAAGCACGAAAAUUUUAUGUGA